AUGGGAAGCGUUGAGUGCUGUAAACACUAUCCUCGUGUUGAUACUCUCAAAUUUGAUGAUAUUGAUUCCUCAAGCCAAGAAUCAGUGUUCUACAAAAGAGAUGACUAAUUUUCACCAAGAGCCAGUUCUCCUGGUCAAGAAGCAGUCCCUUUACAAGUCAACCAAAGAUAACCUCAAAUGUAUUAAAAACAUGCUUGUGUAUCUACUGCCUUAUAAUCUUACUCAUUCAAAACAAUCUCAUCAGAAUAGCAUUUCUCUAAUUUUAUAACAUUUUAAGCCCUCCCAUCCUCUAGAGACUAGCAAUCAAGUAAAUUUUAGAACAUCAGGUCUAACUUUUUAGAUGACUUAAAUGAAAUUCAACAUUAAUUGAGUUGCGAUUUAUAAAGCAGUGAAUAUAUUAAACAACAAUCACAAUAUAGAAAAAAUAUCUGA